CAGGAGAGCUUUUCAUUGGUGGUCGCUGAGUGGGGCGGAGGGCGGGCACCGGGCGGCAGGCUGAGUCCAACUGCCGUUCUCGCGUGUCUUGCCUUUAGCGCAUGCGCCUAGCGAGUCGCGCUCAUUGGACGCGAGAGCAGGAGUGGGGGGGGGGACUAGGGACAGUGGGAGCUGCUGUGUGAGGAGGAGCUGCUGCCGGUGUCAUGGCGGAGCUGAGUGAGGAGGCGCUGCUGUCAGUGUUACCGACGAUCCGUGUCCCCAAGGCGGGAGACCGGGUCCACAAAGACGAGUGCGCUUUCUCCUUCGACACGCCGGAGUCUGAGGGUGGCCUCUACAUCUGCAUGAACACAUUCCUGGGCUUUGGGAAACAGUAUGUGGAGAGACAUUUCAACAAGACAGGCCAGCGUGUCUACUUGCACCUCCGGAGGACCCGGCGACUGAAAGAAGAGGACACUAGUGCAGGCACUGGGGACCCACCUCGGAAGAAGCCCACCCGGCUGGCAAUUGGUGUUGAAGGUGGGUUUGACCUCACCGAGGAGAAGUUUGAAUAUGACGAGGACGUGAAGAUUGUCAUUUUGCCAGAUUACCUGGAGAUCGCCCGGGAUGGGUUGGGGGGGCUUCCCGACAUUGUCAGAGAUCGGGUGACCAGUGCAGUGGAAGCUCUACUCUCAGCUGAUUCAGCCUCCCGCAAGCAGGAGGUGCAGGCUUGGGAUGGAGAGGUCCGUCAGGUGUCUAAGCAUGCCUUCAACCUCAAGCAAUUGGACAACCCUGCGCGGAUCCCUCCCUGUGGCUGGAAGUGCUCCAAGUGUGACAUGAAAGAGAACCUGUGGCUCAACCUGACAGAUGGCUCCAUCCUCUGUGGCCGACGAUACUUCGAUGGCAGUGGGGGCAACAACCAUGCUGUGGAGCACUACAGGGAGACCGGCUACCCCUUAGCUGUGAAGCUGGGCACCAUCACACCCGAUGGAGCGGAUGUGUAUUCAUAUGAUGAGGAUGACAUGGUUCUGGACCCUAGCCUGGCAGAGCACUUGUCCCACUUUGGCAUCGACAUGCUGAAGAUGCAGAAGACGGACAAGACAAUGACUGAGCUGGAGAUAGACAUGAACCAGCGGAUUGGUGAAUGGGAGCUGAUCCAGGAGUCAGGUGUGCCACUCAAGCCUCUGUUUGGACCUGGUUACACGGGCAUCCGGAACCUGGGGAAUAGCUGCUACCUCAACUCUGUGGUCCAGGUGCUCUUCAGCAUCCCUGACUUCCAGAGGAAGUAUGUGGAUAAAUUGGAGAAGAUCUUCCAGAAUGCCCCAACAGACCCCACCCAAGACUUCAGCACCCAGGUGGCCAAGCUGGGCCAUGGCCUUCUCUCUGGAGAAUAUUCCAAGCCAGCACUGGAGUCAGGUGAUGGGGAGCAGGUACCAGAACAAAAGGAAGUUCAAGAUGGCAUUGCCCCUCGAAUGUUCAAGGCCCUCAUUGGCAAGGGCCACCCUGAGUUCUCCACGAAUCGGCAGCAGGAUGCCCAGGAAUUCUUCCUUCACCUUAUCAACAUGGUGGAGAGGAAUUGCCGGAGCUCUGAAAAUCCAAAUGAAGUGUUCCGCUUCUUGGUGGAAGAAAAGAUCAAAUGCCUGGCCACAGAGAAGGUUAAGUACACUCAGCGAGUUGACUACAUCAUGCAGUUGCCUGUGCCCAUGGAUGCAGCCCUUAACAAAGAGGAGCUUCUAGAGUAUGAAGAGAAGAAGCGGCAAGCUGAAGAGGAGAAAGUCCCACUGCCAGAACUGGUUCGGGCCCAGGUGCCCUUCAGCUCCUGCCUGGAAGCCUAUGGGGCCCCUGAGCAGGUGGAUGACUUCUGGAGCACAGCCCUACAGGCGAAAUCAGUAGCUGUCAAGACUACACGGUUUGCUUCCUUCCCUGACUACCUGGUCAUCCAGAUCAAGAAGUUCACCUUUGGCUUAGACUGGGUGCCCAAGAAACUGGAUGUGUCCAUUGAGAUGCCAGAGGAGCUAGACAUCUCCCAGUUGAGGGGAGCAGGGCUACAGCCCGGAGAGGAGGAGCUGCCUGACAUUGCCCCACCCCUGGUCACUCCGGAUGAGCCCAAAGGUAGCCUUGGUUUCUAUGGCAACGAAGACGAAGACUCCUUCUGCUCCCCUCACUUCUCCUCUCCGACAUCACCCAUGUUGGAUGAGUCCGUUAUCAUACAGUUGGUGGAAAUGGGCUUCCCUAUGGAUGCCUGCCGGAAAGCUGUCUACUAUACAGGGAACAGUGGGGCUGAAGCAGCCAUGAACUGGGUCAUGUCACACAUGGAUGAUCCAGAUUUUGCAAAUCCCCUCAUCCUGCCUGGCUCCAGUGGCCCUGGUUCUACAAGUGCAGCAGCUGACCCCCCACCAGAGGACUGUGUGACCACAAUCGUUUCCAUGGGCUUCUCGAGGGACCAGGCCCUGAAAGCUCUGCGGGCCACGAAUAAUAGUUUAGAACGGGCUGUAGACUGGAUCUUCAGUCACAUUGACGACCUAGAUGCAGAAGCUGCUAUGGACAUCUCAGAGGGACGCUCAGCUGCUGACUCCAUUUCUGAGUCUGUGCCAGUGGGACCUAAAGUCCGGGAUGGUCCUGGAAAGUAUCAGCUCUUUGCCUUCAUUAGUCACAUGGGCACUUCUACUAUGUGUGGUCACUAUGUCUGCCACAUCAAGAAGGAAGGCAGAUGGGUGAUCUACAACGACCAGAAAGUGUGUGCCUCCGAAAAGCCCCCCAAGGACCUGGGUUACAUCUACUUCUACCAGAGAGUGGUCAGCUAAGAGCCUGCCCUCAGCCCUUACCACUUCGGGCAGGGGACAGACCACCUGGCAUGAGCGGCAGGGUUUGAGGGAUGGACUUCAGCCCCCUGCUCUGUACCCUUUUUCUUUUUGUCCCCAGCAGCCAGAAAGAGCUGGAGGCCACGGGAGAAUGGCCAAGCAAAGAGGAGGGGUACUCAGUAGACUUUGGGGAUAGAGCAGGGGUGGGACAGGAAGGGGCCAACUGCCUGUCCACAAUGGGACCUUGUUGCUUCCUUCCCUUGCCCCUGGAAUCCACAGUGCUCUGCUUCUCUGUGAUGGCCCAGCCCCUGCAAUGGGGAGGGGUCUUAUCUGUGUGUGCGUGGGUGUGGCUUUAUGCAUCCUUCCAGGGGAGGGCGCGACUGUGCCUCCCCUCCCUUACGUGUUUGCUCCCUUGUGGUUGGGCAAAGAAGGAUAUGAGGGAAAUAGGGACACCUCCCCCCUUUGCCCUUCUGCCUCAGCCUCCCGUUCUGUCUCUUCGGUCCUCUGGAAAAAUGCCAAAACACAUGAUGUGAAUAAAAGGACAAAGACUGGC